AGAUACUAAAAGCAGUACUAUUUUUAUUAUUGCUACAAGCUUCUAACAGCUUUCCUCAAGCUAUGCCAUAAGUAGUCAGCCGUCGGUCCCCUCACUGCCACACUAGCUUUACAAACACUCCCAGAAUGUCGAAUAGCGAUUUCGAAUUCCCUGCGGAUGACUCUGGCGAAUAUUACGCAGUGCUGAACCUUCCACGAGAUGCACCUGACGAUGAAGUUCGGCGAGCUUAUCGCAACAUGGCUCAAGCGUAUCAUCCGGACAAGCACACUGAUCCGGAGCUCAAGGAUAAGGCGCAAGAGGCGUUCAGCAGAUUACAGGAAGCAUACGAGGUGCUUUCGGAUCCGAAUCGCCGCCAGGUCUACGAUGUCUAUGGGAAAGCUGGUCUCAUGGCAGGCUUCGAGCUGGGGACCAAGCUGGACUCGCUGGAGGAGAUCAAAAAGAAGUGGGAGGAGUUCCAGAAGAAGCAGGCCGCCGAGCGCUCCGACGCCGCCUCCAACCACCGCGGCACCUACCUCUGCAAGGUGGACGCAUCCGACCUGCGCCGCUCGCUGACCGGCCAGCAGCCGCUGUUCCGCCAAGUGGUGGUGCAGAACUCUAUUGACACGCCCGUGGGGGAGGGCGGAGACGUGGCGUACAUACAGGGGCAGGCGGUGCUAAGGAACGCGGCGGGAGCGGGCAACCUCAUCUUCGGCUACCGGCGAGUGAUCAGCCCGCAUGACACGCUGGACGGCAGUGCGGUGCUGGGGCUGCGGUGCGCGCUGAGCCUCACCUCCACACGACAGGUGACUCCCUACACCACCGCCUCCCUCACUAGCAGCUACAGCGUGGGGUCGGGCUGGGGUAUGCACCUGGGCUCCACUCGGCAGCUGCCGUACAACAUGCAGGCCACUCUGGGGUGGAUGGUGGGUCCCUCCAUGGCCUCAGGCAUGACCUUCAACAUCUCCAAGCGGGGAACCAAGUACAUUGCGGCGGCCAAGCUGGAGCUAGGCGCAGUGACCGCCGUCUCUGCCCGCCUGACCUACCACCCCACCCCCACCUACCACCUGCGGGCCAUAGUGCGGGCGGGCGGCACGGGGGUGGACCUGGAGCUGGGGGCGGGGAGGAAGUGGGGGCCGGCGACUGCGGGCUACAUGGGAGCGGUGGUGGGGCUGCAGGGAGUGACCGUCAAGGGUCGGCUGGUUCGCGGCGGCCAGACAUUCGAGGUACCCGUGGUGCUUUCCCACGCGCCCGACGACCUGCGUGCGCUGGCAGCAGCCUACCUGCUGCCCCCGCUCGCAUACGUCACACUCUCACGGUGUGUUGUUCGGCCGUUGGUGCGCUGGCAGCGGCAACGCAAGGAGCGGCGGGAGCGGCAGCAGCACGCGGAGGCCGUCAGGGGCUCGCUGCAAAAGGCCUCCUCCGAGCGCCUCCUUAUCGAGCCGGUGGCCCGCCGCAAAGCCCGCUCCGAAACCGCCAAGCGCCCCCUCGCCGGUCUCAUCAUCCUGGAUGCGGUGUACGGCAGCGUGGAGUCGUACCUGGCGGAGGCGGGGCCGCAGCAGCAGGCCUUCGCAGCGGCGGCGGCGGCGGAAAGUACGGCAGCAGCGACGACGGCGGCGGCGGCGGAUAGGCCGGCGGAGGCGGGUGCGAGUGGAAGGACGGAGGCAGCGCAAGGGGAGGGCGAGGCGGCGGCAGCGGCGGCGGCAGAAGAGGCGCCGUCGACUAGCGCAGAGACAGCGACGGCGCCGGCGGAUGCGGAGGCGACGGAGCUUCCGCCUCCGCCGCCGUGGCUGCCGGUGGCGGCGGCGUUGCAGUACAUUGUGGUGGAUUCCAAACUCACCCUGCACCCCGGCAUAUCCAAAAAGAGCCUCAUGGGCUUCGCGGACCCCAUGCCGGGAGCUGACGAGUCGACGGUACGACAACUCUACGUGGCGUAUUCGUACGGCAGCCGUGUGUACGAGGUAACGGUUGACGACACGGCGGCGUUGCAACUGCCGUCGGCGGUUGGAGCGGUUGCGGUUGCGGACGUGGGUCGGCAACAGGCGUUGUUGCGGUUGGGGGCGGCGCAGUACGGGGUUCCGGAGCUGUUGUCGAAGCCAACAACACCCAUGUCCACUCCGCGCGGUUGAUGCAACGUGGAAAAAGCGGGGUUGAGGAGGGGUGGGAGAGUUGGGUUGCCAGCAGGGAGGUCACCAAAGGGACGGCUCCUGACGCGGUGACGGCGUAGCUCCUGGGUCAAUGCGGCGCGUCUAGCACCGAAUGAGGGCAGGGCACGAGGUCUCAGUGGGUGGUGAGUCACUUGGCUCAGACCACUGUAUCCCCCUGGGCCUGCUACUCAUCGAGUUUCCGCUCCGCAAGGGGGCAGUUGCGGUCGCAUGUUGGCAUUGAACUUGGGCGCAGGUAUAGCGGACCUGGGUUGUGGAGCUGCGAGAGGAGCGAUGUAUGAGAUGUUACAUGGUGGGGGCCCUAUAUCAGUGCUGUCACAGAGCAUAGAGGAGUACGACACUGACUUGGUGUGGGAGUUACGGCGGGUAGCCCGAGAGUACGGAGGGAAAAGAGGAAUCAACUAGUACGGAGGGAGGGGCGUUGGUGAAGGCUAGGGGCCUGGGAUUAGGACAAGAGUUCACCCUCCUUUCUUUUCACCCAAAGGACAAUUUGGACAAGUUAUUUAACAUGUUUGGGAGCUGGAGUUGGAAGUGCAUGUUGGCACCAUGUGACGAACAUGGCCGCUGCCCAACAUGUGAAGUAGCAGAACCGAAUGUAGCACAGCAUUUCGUUGCAGCCGCGGCUAAAACACGAUCAACGGAUUAAGUCGUCCAGCACUGGCAUGUGCGUUGCGUAUUGCUAACGACGCGCAUUGACAUGGGCGCGGCGUGGGUCGCCGUGGGGAAGUUUAUUGGCACAACCUUGAUGCCUGAAAGGUCCGCAAGUCGGCCACCCAAGAGAUCAGGGAGUUGCGUGCCGUGAAGGGGCGACGACGAGGGG